AUGGACACAGUGAACGAGAAAGUUGAUCAUGGGACCUUUUCUCCGUCGAACGAGUCUAUAGCUUCUUCUCCAGAACGAAGUUAUGUCCAACAAAAGCGAACUAAAUUAAGUGCCUUUUUCAAAGGGUAUUCUUUCCCCAUUAGUAUUUUCUCUAUUGUAUUUCUUUUUCUCGUCUUCCGUUCAUUUGUCGAUCACCAGCCUGUGAAUAGUUGUGAGACUAGUACCGUGUGGCCUUCUUAUGCUCGAAUACACGACUUCGAUGAACGGUACACAAGGUUUUCAGAGAAAUAUUCACUGUAUCUCUACCGAGAAAAAAGCGUAAUCGAAAAUGCAGAGCCCUCGGGCAUUCCAAUAAUUUUCAUUCCUGGAAAUGCCGGCAGUUACAAACAGGUCCGCGCCUUUGCAGCGGAUGUAGCACACCAGUUUGCAGACUUACUUUCAGCUUCUUACGACGAGGCAAUUGCUUCUGGAAAGCGGAACCUAGACUUCUUCACUCUAGAUUUUAACGAGGAUUUCUCGGCAUUCCACGGGCAAACUUUGAUUGAUCAAGCCGAAUACGUUAAUGAUGCGAUUGCUUACAUCCUUUCUCUUUAUCCUGAUACGCGAACGCGGUCCUCCUUUCCUGAUGACGAUUUGCCAUAUCCAACUUCAGUAAUUCUCCUGGGCCACUCAAUGGGAGGAAUGGUUGCGCAGUCCGUAUUCUCCCUAUACAACUAUGUAAAGGGGUCGGUGAACACAAUCAUCACACUCUCAGCUCCACACACAAUGGCACCUUUUCCCAUUGACCGUCACUUGGUUGAAUUCUAUGAUUCGGUAAAAGAGUACUGGACCAAUUCUUUUCUACAACCACCAGAGAACAACGCUCUAGCUGAUGUGUUUGUUCUUUCAAUUGGAGGCGGAGGCCUCGAUACUACAGUUGUUCCAGAAUACUCUGCUAUCUCAAGCUUUGUACCUCCUACAAAUGGUCUCGUAAUUUUUACAUCCGGUAUACCAUUUGUUUGGGCAGAAGUGGAUCAUGAAGCCAUGGCUUGGUGUGAACGCUUUCGUCAGGUUGUUAGCCGCGGAUUAUUGGCAGUUACUGACGCUCGCUUUCCUGGUGGUACGAAGCCUUUGGAUGAACGGCGUGCCCUUUUCUGGCGUACCUAUGUGUAUGGUGCUUCCAUUGGAAACGAUUUGUUUCUGAACAAGAAGGACCCACUCAAAGAAAUGCUACUCUAUUCCGAAGACACCGAAUAUCUGGGUGAAGUUGCACAUGUCACAUUCGACCAUUUUGGCGAUAGUAACAAAAAGAAAACUGUUGUGCCAUUACCACAUGGAAAGUUUCAAUCUUUUCAACUACUCACUGACCAAUCAUUGGACAUAGGUUCGCAUGUUCGCGUACAGUUCUGUAAGUUGGAUCCCUCUUCGAGCUUCCCUGGAAGCGACGAUACAGAAUUUGGUAUUAAUGCCCUUUGCCAUGAAAAGAAUGAAUUUUUACGACUGUAUCCAGCUUCCACGUUUGAAACUAAGCACCCACAUGACGGAGGUGUGUUUUAUUACUUGUCAGCGGAGUCAAAGGAUCUAGUUGAUUAUGAUUUUAUCUUGAUUGAUGAUCGUAAUUUUGAAAGAAGAGAAGGAUUUUUGGAAGGUUUCCUUUCACCAUUAUCCCUCAAGCCAACGCUCAUAGACAGUUCAGUCUUAAAGCUUUUAACAGUUGGAGAGCGACUAGAGUUCUCACCGAACAACACCUUACUCUCGGCAUUUCACUUUACCGGCCUUCAAAGCUCAUUGUUCAGUUAUAAGCUGACGCUUGAGUAUGAAAUAGACGAUGGUGUGCCGGCUCUCUUUGCACCAUUUAUGAAACAGAAACUACAAAAUCCGGUUGAAUCUCGCUAUUUUCCAAACAUAAAAUCUGCAGACAUUAUUAUGCAUGGUGUUUCGCCUUUUAUUGACAACGUGGAUACAAUAUUUAAUAAGUCACUCGUUUUGGAGUUUUACAUGAAUCCUUUAAAGUAUCAACAUGUCUUCUUGAGGAUACAACCAGAUUACUAUGGAAGUAUGGGGCGCUUGCUUAUGCGCUACAGAACCCUACUGGCUUCCUUUCCCUUCGUUAUUCUCGCUUACGUUUUAAGAAACCAAAUUACUCGCUUUAAUAAAGGAGGUUCUUUCAGUGAUGUUUUGGAAGCACUUGAGCUAUUUGCUCGUCGAGGCCUAAUAAAGCUGCUAGCAGUAGUUUCCUUGUUGACUGUUUUCUUGUCAAUGAGUUAUCGGGCUACGACUGCUUCUGCAGAACAUGCCGACAAUGCUGUCGCAGCUUGGAGGGCUUCCGCCAUUAAUUCCCGAUCCGCGUUUUGGAAACAAAACUAUCUGGUGUUUGGUUUACAGGAACCAAUGGUCUGGAUGUUGGCCCCUGUUUUGACCAUUGUGUUUAUUGGCUUUUCCGUUUCGCUAAAUUUCUUGCUGACUGUGAUUUUGAAAUGUGUCUCCUUCUUAAUCCGUAUUUUUGUAAAGCUUAGGCGGUCUUUUAAAAACAUUUUCUUUAGUCCGGCGAAAGAAAAUAUACAACAACUAACCCAAGAAACAGAUUUGGGAGACAAUGUCUUCAAAUGCAACAAGCGAACCAUUCAAUUUCGCAUCAUUGCGAAUAUAAUCCUCCUUACGGUCUCGCUUACCGUCGUUCCUUUUCAAUUUGCUUACUUAUUUACCUGUUUAACUCAAAUUUGCACUACUGCCAAGGCGCUGUACGCUGCAGAGUGUUGUGAAUAUGGACCCAGUGUUCGGAGGCGAUGGAGCUUUUUCAACUUCUCGUUAAGUUUGCUUGUAAUAAUGCUCCACUUAGUGCCUUUUGAUAUGCCGAUCAUUCUUGUCUGGAUUCGGAAUGUUUCUAUGCACUGGUAUAUUCCCUUUCCUACCCAUCAUAAUUUCUUCUCUAUUAUCCCGUUUAUCCUUGUCACUGAGAUUCAACGAACGGGUCGGAUGCUUCCACGAAUGUCGGAUUUAGAGUUGUGUCUCAACAAUUUCCUUCUCUACUUCUUGUCGUUUUACUCCUUAAUCUACGGAGCAGAGAAACCCUACCUUAUUCACAAUGUCGUUGGUCUUUACUUUAUGUGGAUAACCUAUCUCUAUGCAAAAGACUUCCGCCGCCGCGACAAGUUGACAAAAAGUUACAAUCCCUCUUUUUCAUGUUUCAUUAAUACACCGAGGUCCGCCCAUAAUGUAAACUCAUGUUGA